AUGGCAAUGAUCGCAGCCAUAUCCCUUCCACAGGAAUCUGGUACGUCGAACGUUGAUAUUACCCCCAAGCUUGCGGGAAAUACAUCCGAACCAUCACAGAACAUGACGGAAACUAGCCCAAAGCGGGCCGGGGAAAUCCCUCCUAGCUUUUUCUAUAAAGAUGGUAAGAUGAAAGUGAGAUGUAAUCCACCAGACUGGGCCUACCGUAUACCCCCACGCGAGGUCCCCGACAUGCAUAUCACGUUUGAUGACUGGACAGACUGGACUUUGGUCAAACAUGAAGCAGCUAUGGUGCAUAUCCGUUCCCGACAGCUUGGAUGCUAUUCAUGCCGUUGUGAUGAAAAUGGUGGAUUGUAUGGGGUCCCACUGCAUGAAAGAACAAAGGACCAACCCUGGGGGUUGUCACGAUGCUUUUGUACCGCUGAUCUAGUUAGCCGGGUGCCGGAGGAUAGAAACCUCCCAAUUUCCGUACUUCAAGAAGCCCUAGAUAGCAUUCCUGACUCGGUCCAGGGCCAUAAUGCCGACUUUACUUGGAAUUAUGGUAGUGGGACUCUUCGUUUCUCACAACCAAGACGAUACCUAGACCCAGAUACCGCUGAGCCCUAUUAUCUGGAAGGCCCAGACAUAGGAAUGAAUCAAGCGUACUACCAAGAAUUCAGACGUCGUUUCGGUAUACCAAUUAAAAUUUAUGGUGACGAAGCCGGUCCCAGCGGGAGCGGAGGCUCAGGGGGGGGCGGGGAUGGGGGCUCAGGGGGCAGUGGCAGUGGCAGUGGUGGUUCUGGUGGAAGUGGUGAUCCUGGUGGAAGUGGUGAUGGCAACCCAGGGGGGAGCUUUGAAUCUAGCGAAAUUUAG